AUGAGGAUACAAAAUAUUCAAGACAAUCUAAUUAGAUUUGAAGGUGAAGUGAUUUCGGGAAAGGAAUUGUUUAAUAAAAUCACCUGGAAUAUUGCGGAACAAUGUAAAUUUACGAUCAAUGAUUUACAAUUAAAAGGAGUUGAAAUUUUGAAAGCUUCUUAUCACUGUAGAGUGUUUAAAUGUGUUGGAAUACAAGAUGAUGAAGAAUAUGUUGUAAAAUUUAUCAAAAAGGAACGUAAAAGAUGUUAUGAGGAUGAUGGAAUAGAAGAAGGAGAUGAUUUUGAUUCGUACGAUUAUCAUAUGGGAGAAAUUGAAUUGGGAGAAACGAUUGGAAAUCUUUUGGAUUCAAGUGUAUUGACUUUUGAAUGUUCAGUGCCUUUGGAUGAUCAAGUCUUUAUAUUAGUUUCAAAAUAUAGAGGAAUUACAUUAGCAGAAUAUCGUCAUUCCGAAAGGAAAUUAAUGUUAUGUGAAGUGUUACAGAUACUGAUUCGACUUGUUAAUGCUUUAAAAUUGAUUCAUGACAAGCAAAUAAUCCACCACGAUAUCAAACCAGCUAAUAUUUUCAUUACAGAGAUUGCUGUGAGUGAUUAUUCCCUUCCUGCUCUUUCGGUUGUUUUGGGCGAUUUUGGAGCUGCUUCAAUACACAAGACGAAUGAAGAAUUAGAUGAAGACGAAGAAUUUAAUGAGUGCCAACGAGGAACGACAGGAUACUUUCCACCAGAAAAUUACUCUUGUCUAGAAGGAGAUAUUUGGAGUUUGGGACGAUCAUUUCUUUUAUUGCUAUUCCCGAAAAAUAGUUUGAAUUCUUCUGAAAUGGAAUCUGAUUAUUUGGAUGAAAUAACAGACACGAUUCAAGAAAUGUCCAUUUACGAAAAUUCCACCAUUCGAAAGUUAAUAGAAAUGGGAGAUUUGGAAGAGGAUUUAAACGGAUGGAAAAAAUUCUUUCUAAUUCUCAAAGAAAUGUUAAAUAUAGAUCCAAAUCAAAGGCCAUCAUGUUCUCAAAUACUAACAACAAUAUUUCCACAUGCAUCCAAUAUUUUACAAGGAUUGGUUUCAUUAGCGAAUCAAUUUGAGUUUCUAGAUCAUUCCUUCUCCAAGAAUUAUAAUAUUCAACUAUUGGCUGCUGUAUCAGGCGUUAGUUAUGAAUUAUUAGACAAAUCAAAUAGAGAUGUAACUGUUCAAAGCCUCAAAUACAGUGCCACAUAUGAUAAUGCCAUUGGCUAUUUGAAAAAUGGCCCUUUCAAUUCAGAUAGAGAAAUAGUUUUGAGAGCUGUUAAAUUGAAUGAAAAGGGUAUUUUACAUGUGGACGAAUCAUUGAAAAGUGAUAGAGAGUUUAUUCUACAAGCUGUUUCACAAAAAACGUCGUCUUUUCAAUAUUUGGAUGAUGCUUGGAUGCGAGAUAGAGAAAUUUCUUUGAUUGCUGUUAGAGAGCAUGGUGCUUUUUUCAAGUUAUUAGAUGAAUCAUUGAAGAAAGAUAGAGAAAUUGUAUUGGCUGCUACUAAUAGGGAUACUAAUGCCUUCGAAUAUAUUGAUGAUUCUUUCAAAAGUGACAGAGAAUUUAUGGUGAAUGCAAUUAAGAAACAUGGUAUUGCUUUGGGAUUCGUUAGUAAGGAGCUGAUUGAUAGAGAGUUGGUUCUCCUCGCCGUUCAACAAAAUGGUUAUGCACUAGGUAGUGUAGAUAGUGCAUUCAAAUUUAAUGAAGAUAGAGAAAUUGUGAUGAAAGCAGUUCAGCAAAGUGGAGACGCCUUGAGAUAUGCUGCUCCAUUAUUAAGGAAAGAUAGAGAAAUUGUAAAAAUUGCUAUCUGUCAAGAUGGAAAAGCCAUUUACCAUGUUGAUGAAUCAUUGAGGAACGAUGAAGAAAUCAAAGAGUUGGCUGAAAAUUCAAGAAGGAAUUUGAAAGUUUCAACAAAGUUUAAGGAUACCAAUUAUUGUGAAAAACCUUUCACGCUUGUGAAUACUCCUAUCAGUGCCAAUAAGAAGGACAGACAUAUUGUUCUUCUUGCAGUCGAACAAAACGGACUAUCUUUGGAAUUUUCUGAUGAUAUUUUCAAAAGAGAUAGAGAAAUUGUAAUGAAAGCAGUUCAGAAAAAUGGUCUUGCACUUGAAUUUGCAGACGAAACGUUAAAGAAGGACAGAGAAAUUGUUUUAACUGCCAUCAACGAAAAUGAAAAAGCAUUUGAAUAUGCAGACGAGUCAUUAAAGUGUGAUAGAGACUUUAUUCUUCAGGCAGUUGAGUUAUGUGGAUGGGUGUUUCACUUUCUGGACAAAUCCUUCAUUACAGAUAGAGACAUUGUAAAGAAGGCUCUUUUAAACAAGGAUAUCGUGUGGAUGUUCGAGUUGGCUCUACCGGAAUCAAUGAAAAACGAUAGAGAUAUUGUAAUGUUUGCUGUUUCAGUCAACGGAUUCGUAUUGGAAUAUGUAAACGAAUCUUUUAAAAAAGAUAGAGAAAUAGUAUUACUGGCGGUAAAAGAAAAUGGAAAUGCAUUAGAAUUUGCAGAUGAAUCAUUGCAAACCGAUUUGGAAAUUGUUUCAGCUUGCAGACACCUUAAAUAA